GACCACUUCAUAUACUAACUAUAUUGAUAUAGAAAUUGAUCAUCAUAAUGAGUCCAUGUGUUUUGGGCAUCAGAUCGUGGCAUUAGUUUUGUGUUACGUUUUGGGCCCUCUUCCAACAUGGACUCAUUAUUAUAGUUUUACUAUCAGAAUAAAUGGCCAGCGGAUUGAAAGUUAUUCACUGGACGCACAUGAUUGUGUAUGUCUAAAAUACAUCGCUGGAAAUUCUAUUCAUGAUAUGCUGUCAAGAAGUUACAGGAAGGGGAAUAAUAAUAUGAGGUUUACAUUUGAAAGUGAUUCAAAGAACGCAAUCUUCAAAAGUGCUGGAGUCCAUCUAAUAUACGAGAACAUUGAUUUUAUUCAACUUUCAAAGAGAUACCGAGAUGAUGGUGAGCAUGACUUGGAACCCGAUUGGAACCCACAACAGAAGCGGCAAUCUUCAACCACGAGAAUUGUGGAAUUUGAGGAUGCUAAUGAUGAUUUAAUUAUUGAACAUUUGGAUUUAGAACUUCGACUUGGGAAUUGAAGUUUGGAAAUGAAUCAAAGUUGCGGAAGGAAUCAAAGAAGGGAAAGAAUUGUAACCAUAACAAACUUCAACGGUAACAGACUUAUAGCUAUUUUUACGUUUUGAGAGCAGUGUAAUUUUAAUUUUUUUUAGUUUCAUUUUAAAUAUGAAUUUGAUAUUUAUUUACGUUCAUAUUUUAGAAUUUAUUUUCAUGAAUAUGCCUAGCUAAAUUUUCAACAAAGGUUAAGGAUGAAACCUCAUUAAAGAUUAGUAAUAUUAUUUAUGAGAUUUAUUUUUUUUUUCAAUUAUUGAUGCGUUCAAUGAUUUAUUAUUCUUGCUUCAUAUCAAUUGAGAGGGAUAAAAUUCUUAAUAUAAAUUCAAUCAUAUUUUCAUGAUCUAGAAUAAUUUUAAUCAGUUGAGAUCCCGAUUCAUAAUUUUGUUAAAUAUAUAAUUAUCCGUUAAUAGUUUUUUCAUUAUUUAGAUUAAAUUGCAUAUUUAAAAUUUAUUUUAGUUUUUUAUUGUGAUUAUAGAACUUAAUUUAGAACUUAAUUUUUUGUACUAGAUUAGAAUUUAUUUUAGUUUGUAUACUAGUCCCGUGCAUAUGACACAA